CCCACCUCAAAUACUUUGUUACAUGCAAAGAAAAACAGAGAAUAGAAUGUUGGUUUUUCAUUAUAACAAAUCCUUAAUUAUCUCUUAGCCUUUUGCUUCUGUUACAGACAAAGUCACGUUCUCAUUCUCUUUUUUUUUUCUUUUUUUUUUCUUUCAUGUAUUCGGUAUUCGAAAAUCAUUAUCUCUCUGAUUUUCGUUCAUGCACGCAAAUUAAGCUGUAAUUUUAUUUUGGCAUAAGCUAAAUCAGUCUUGAGUUAAAACAUAGUAUUUCAUGAGGACACUCUGUCCAAAUGUUGAUAAAGAAGAUGGGUUGGAGACAGUGCUUGAGGUGCCAAUACCAGAUGAAAUGUUCAAAAGCAUGGGGAGCAAUGCAGCACUUAGAUGGCAAAAUAUGGCAACCUGGAUGAAAGCUCAAACGUCUGAUAAAUGGUCUUCCCCUAUUGUUGCUGCUCGUUAUAAUGAACUUAGUUUCCUCCUUUACAUGGUCGGAUCUCCUCUUAUCCCUUUCCAAAUUCAAUUGGGCCAAUCCGUUAAUCGUCCUGUCAAACAUUCUUCCAUUGAAGCGUCAACAGCGAAAUACAUAUUGCAACAAUACAUAGCAGCAACAGGGGGACAACCAGCGCUAAAUGCAGUGAAUAGCAUGUGUGUAAUUGGGGCAGUUAAAAUUACUGCAUCUGAUUUCCAUCAAGGUGAUCAAAGUGUGAAGGUGAGAAAGAGUGACGAAAACGGAGGCUUUGUGCUUUGGCAAAAGAACCCUGACCUUUGGUCCUUAGAAUUGCUUAUCUCUGGAUGCAAAGUCAUUUCUGGUAGUAAUGGCCAAAUAUCAUGGAGACAAUCUUCUAAUCAAAUAAGACCUAUAUCUAAGGGUCCUGCCAGACCUCUCCGCCGCUUUCUCCAGGGACUAGAUCCUCGGUCUAUAGCAAACUUGUUCGCGAAUGCAGUCUGCAUAGGAGAGAAGAUAAUAAACGACGAGGACUGUUUCAUUCUCAAAUUAGACACCAAUCAAUCAGCAUUGGAGGCACAAAGUGGUCCAAAUUAUGAAAUACUUCAUCACACCAUCUGGGGGUAUUUCAGUCAAAGAUCAGGCCUUAUGAUCAAGUUUGAGGAUUCCAGGCUGCUAACAGUUAAGACCAGCAGGGACGAUGAGGGCGUUUUCUGGGAGACAAGCACAGAAUCUGUUAUGGAGGACUAUAAGUAUGUUGACGGAGUUAAUGUCGCGCAUAGUGGCAAGACUUUUGUUACAGUUUUCAGAUAUGGAGAGCAGUCUGCAAACCACAAGAGGCAGUUGGAGGAAAGAUGGAAAAUUGAAGAGGUAGAUUUUAAUGUUGGAAGAUUGACAGCUGAUUUCUUCAUGCCUCCUUCAGAUUUCAACAAAGAACGUUCUCGGGUCUAGAUUAGAUGUUGGCAAUUAUAUUCUUGAACAAUUUUGCAGUAUAUGAACAAGCAGAAAAAAAUUUCUCCUGUCAAGAAAGUCCAAAAAACUACUAAUUUGAACAGUAUAGAUUAGAGAAAUUUGUCAAGUUUCUAAUUUGAACAACUGUUUGGUUCUACAUGUAGUCGCCUUAACUUUCUUACCUUCAGAAAAUUAAAACUGGAAGUAUCUCCUUGACUCUGUGUUGUUGAGUACAAAACGCAUCCCAAACAGAGGACUAGAAGGUAACAUUCACCUAUAUUGGGAAUUAAGGAAAAGAAGAUGAAAGGAAAUUAGGGAGAACAAAAAAAAUGAAUUUCCUUCUAAUGAAUUUAAAUUUGUUGGUUUUCUCAUUUUCUACUGAAGCCAAACAAGUAAAAACACAUUUUAACACUUUCCAUUCUUUGUAGUCUCCAAAAAAAGCAUUUACAUAAGAUUUGAAGGAAAUCCCCUUUCCACCUGAUUCUCCAGAAAUAUAUUUCAGGCUUGCAUAGACUGUCAAAAGAACAUAACCGUGUGGCUUGAAGACAACUCUUCAACAAUUUUCUUGCAAUUAACUGUGUCUCAAUUCCAAACUAGUACAGAUCAUCCUACAAAAAACUUCCGUAUCAACUUUGCCCUAUUGAGAACCUUUAGACCAUACUAUAUAUAUAUAAUUAAUUUAACAGCAGUUUCGGUAGCUAACCGGAGUAACUUUGCAGCUUACAAAACAAGUUCAUAACAAUCAAUCGCUUUUCUUAUUUUUUCUUGUCAUAUUGGAAGCUUAUAUGGCGCUUGGUGACCAUGUAAGUAGUUAUCAGGUUAGAGCCAAUGAAGGAAGUUGAAAAAUUUCUCUCUUCGUUAUAAACUCCGUAUUAACUGAUAUCAGUAGGAGUGGCAAAAUAAAACCAUGAAAACAUGACCGCCCGCAUAAAGUCUAACGUCUAGAAGCAACAGUUUCUCAGACAUGUUAAUCAAAAAUAAAAAAGGGAUAUGCAGUUUGCUGCUUCGGAAAGAGAUUGUAGGAACUUUACCAGUGGUGUACGUAGAAUCAAAUCGCAAUUCGACUUGCAAGUUUAUGUUUGGAACUGUGAUGAUUUUAAGGCUUUACUCUCUAUCCAAAUUGAUAGGAGUAUUUACUUUGUAUUAUUUUCAAGGGGUGUUAGCCUACUAUAGUCUAUAUAUAUAUAUUGUUUCUGAAAAAGGGUAUCACUAUUAUCUAAAGAAAAUUUUCUGCGCAGUGUAGGAUGAAAUCCCUUAGUAAAGGGUGUCCCUACCACCAACUUUUUGGCUGAAUAUGCAAAUAUACAUAAAUAUAAACAGCAUGCUGCCUUCCUUCACGGGAAGAUUAAUUGCUUUCUUCCUCUUUUUAAAACACAAGUAUCUCACUCAAAUUCUCUCUUAAAACGGUAUAACAAAGAG